AUGUCUGCUGAGCUCACUUCAUCCACAAGAGAGGAAGGAAGUCCUGGCAGAGGACCCAGUUUUAGAUCCCAUCAGAGGAAGAUAUUAAACUUGCUCCUGGAGAGAGACACUUCCUUCACCAUCUGUCCAGAUCUCCCUGGAACUCCAGUGGACAAACUCUUCGGUGAUUCUGGAAACCAAAGCGUUUUGUCUGGAGGAACCCCAAAACGUUGCCUUGAUCUUUCGAAUCUUAGCAGUGGGGAGAUGUCUGCCACUCAGCUUACAGCUUCUGCAGACCUUGAUGGAACUGGCCCUUUGGAUUCCUCAGGACCUCAGGAAAUACUGUUAACUUGGAGGAAUCAUCACAAGCACCUUAGAAAAUGCAGCCCAGGACAGCCACUUUGUAGCACUCCAAAGGCUUUGGACCAUGGCAACCAGAAGACAGAUGCGAUAUGUAGCCCAUCCACAAAUAAAGAAAAUGACAAUGGAAACCUGGUGGAAAGUGAAAUGAAGUAUCUGGGCAGUCCCAUCGCUAUAGUUCCAAAAUUGGGUAAAAAUCUAAAAAUAGGAAAAGACCAGGCAGAGGAGAUUUCAGAUGAAUUGAUGGAGUUUUCCCUGGAAAAUCAAGAAGAGACCAAGGGCUUAGGUCUGAAGAAGACAGUCUCUCUCUGUGACAUUAAUGCCACUCAGAUGCUGGAGGCCGCUUCUAACCAGGGGUACCUGACUGGUGAUUUCUCCAAGGUAUGUGCACUGCCAACCGUGUCAGGGCGACACCAAGAUCUGAAGUACAUCAGCCCGGAAACAGUGGCUGCCUUAUUGUUGGGGAAAUUCCAGGGCCUGAUUGAAAAGUUUUACAUCAUCGAUUGCCGCUAUCCAUAUGAGUACCUCGGAGGACACAUCCAGGGAGCCUUAAACUUGUUCAGUCAGGAGGAACUGUGUAACUUCUUUCUGAAGAUGCCUGUUGUCCCUUUGGAUGCCCAGAAGAGAAUAAUCAUCGUGUUCCACUGUGAAUUCUCCUCAGAGAGGGGCCCCCGAAUGUGCCGCUCUCUGAGAGAAGAGGACAGGGCUCUGAACCAGUAUCCUGCAUUAUACUACCCAGAGCUGUAUAUCCUCAAAGGGGGCUACAGAGACUUCUUUCCAGACUAUCCGGUGCUAUGCGAACCACAGAGCUACUGCCCUAUGCACCACCAGGACCAUAAGGCAGAAUUGCUGAGGUGUCGAAGCCAGAGCAAAGCAUGGGAAGGGAAGCGGCAGCUGCAGGAGCAGAUUGCCUUACUGGUGAAGGAUGGGAACCUACGAUAA